AUGGGCACCGCCGGCGCAGUGCGUCUGAUCAGCAUAGCAUCGCUUGGUUUGGUGGAGGACCCAUCGAUCGAUCGAUCAUCAAUGGACGACAUGGCACCGCCCCUGUUGGAGCCGACGGUCAGGGACUGGUCGCUGAUGCCCCUCGACGCCCUCGCCUCGAUCUUCGUCAGUCUCGGCGCCGUGGAGGUCCUCAUGGGCGCCGGCCUCGUGUGCCGCUCGUGGCUAGAGGCGGCCAAGUUGCCAGAUGUGUGGCGAGCCGUGGACAUGCAGAACCAUGAGGUCGUGUUCGAGAAGGACGAUUUUGUCCUGUGCGCAAUGGCGAAAGCGGCUGUGGACCGUUCCGACGGACAGCUCCGGGUGUUCGCCGGGAUGUCCUUCGUCACCGAUGAGCUCCUACAGUAUAUCUUCGAAAGGUCGCCCUCACUGACUACCCUUCGGCUUACAUGGUGCGACGUCUUCAGGACACGACCCAUCAAUGUGAUAAGAGAGUCACCUGUGCUGGAGCUGCGUACCCUCGAACUCGACGGCGCUUACAUGAACGCCGGAGAACUGGCCGACGUCCUUGCGAGAUGCCCGCUCCUCGAGGUUCUUGGGUUGCACGACUGUUUCCAGAUCAAUGAUGAUGGCGAGCGUGCGCUGCGAGAGAAAUUCGCCAGGAUCAAGAACCUAAUGAUCGAGUGGCGUGCUGAGCCCAUCCACAUCUACAGUUCCGAUUACGGGAACGACGACUGUGUCAGCGUUCCUGAUUUUGAAGAUGAGUGCAACGAUUACGGAAACUACGACUGCGAGUGCUGUUAG